AUGUUUCGUAAUCCACGUGGUAUCCAAGUGUUUUCAGUUAUGUCGACCGUAUACAGCAUCAGAGUGGUGUCUUCGAACGAGUCGCAAGACUCUGAGACCAGUCGUGUGAACAACUUCAUGAGGAGCUUGUAUCUCACAGAGAGGAAUAGGAGGUCGUACUCUUAUUCUGUUUUUCCUAUCACUAACUUUAUGAGGAGCAUGUAUCUGAUGGCGAACAAUAGGAGGUCGAAUCGUUUCUGCAAAGGUCUUCACUUCAGCAUUCUUUUAUAUUCCAGAAAAACAUUCCCCGAUGUCCGAUUCCGAAAUGAGAAAGCACGGAAACGGAUUCUAAUCACUGGCGGGGCAGGUUUCGUUGGAUCGCAUUUGGUUGAUCGGCUCAUGAUGGAUGGUCACGAGGUUUUGAUAUUUUAUGUCAUUGCCCUCGAUAACUACUUUACUGGCCGGAAACGGAAUGUUGAACACUGGAUUGGACAUCCUAAUUUCGAACUGGUUCAUCACGAUUUGGUUAAUCCGUACUUUAUUGAAGUUGAUCAGAUAUAUCACUUGGCGUCGCCUGCCUCUCCUCCUCACUAUAUGUACAAUCCAGUGAAAACGAUAAAAACGAACAUAUUGGGAACAAUAAAUAUGCUAGUUUUUGGGCGCGUCAAAGCGACUGUACUGCUUGCAUCGACGUCGGAGGUCUAUGGUGAUCCAGAAGUUCAUCCUCAACCUGAGACCUAUUGGGGACAUGUGAACACCAUUGGGCCACGUAGCUGCUAUGAUGAAGGCAAACGUGUUGCAGAAUCUCUUAUGGUUGCUUACAAUAAGCAGGAGCAUGUUUCUAUAAGAAUAGCCCGCAUAUUCAAUACGUUUGGUCCACGUAUGCAUUUGAGUGAUGGGCGUGUUGUAUCUAACUUCAUUAUUCAGGCGUUGCAGGAUAGUCCAAUAACUGUACGUUUUACGUCUUUCUUAUCUUUUUUUCAGAGGUUUUUAAGCCUAUUUGAUAUCCUUGUUUUAUGUAGUUCAAGUGAAAUUGUUAACCACGGCUCCCAGGAGGAUGACCCGCAGCAACGGAAACCCGAUAUCUCUAGGGCUGCAAAUGAAUUGAACUGGAGACCUCAGGUGGCGAAUACGUUUUUACAUAACUUUUUUUACACGACCCAUCUUUCACAUCAACUGUGCGGAUCCCAGCACUUCUCAAAUUCGAUUGGUUUCCUUGCGUCUAUCAUCCACGAAGGUAUUACAACUUCUUACCUUUGGAUUAGACUGAUGCUUGAGGAUUUUUCCUUUCAUUGUGAUUGUCGUUCACUACUGAUCGAGUCGACUCUUCUUGGAGUCCUGAGGUAG